AUGCUGUGCGGCCACUGGAGGAGGUGCCGCCGCCUGCCUGAGGAGCCUCCGGUGCCGGCCCAGGUCUCCGCGCCCCUCGCGCUCCAGCCCUCGCCAGCGUCUCCGGACGGCGGCACCAAGAGUCCCGGUCUGCGGGCGCUGAAAAAGAUGGGCCUGACGGAGGACGAGGACGUGCGCGCCAUGCUGCGGGGCUCCCGGCUCUGCAAGAUCCGCUCACGCACGUGGCACAAGGAGCGGCUGUACCGGCUGCAGGAGGACGGCCUGAGCGUGUGGUUCCAGAGGCGCAUCCCUCGUGCGCCAUCGCAGCACAUCUUCUUCGUGCAGCACAUCGAGGCUGUCCGCGAGGGGCACCAGUCCGAGGGCCUGCGGCGCUACGGGGGCGCCUUCGCACCUGCGCGCUGCCUCACCAUCACCUUCAAAGGUCGCCGCAAGAACCUGGACCUGGCGGCACCCACCGCCGAGGAGGCCCAGCGCUGGGUGCGUGGCCUGGCCAAGCUGCGCGCGCGCCUCGAUGCUAUGAGCCAGCGCGAGCGGCUUGACCACACCCACACCUGGAUCCACUCCUACCUGCACCGGGCAGACUCGAAUCAGGAUAGUAAGAUGAGCUUCAAGGAAAUCAAGAGCCUCCUCAGGAUGGUCAACGUGGACAUGAAUGACAUGUAUGCCUACCGCCUCUUCAAGGAGUGUGACCAUUCCAACAAUGAGCGCCUGGAGGGAGCUGAAAUUGAGGAGUUCCUGCGGCGGCUGCUGAAGCGCCCGGAGUUGGAGGAGAUCUUCAGUCGAUACUCAGGCGAGGACCGUGUGCUGAGUGCCCCUGAGCUACUGGAGUUCCUGGAGGACCAGGGUGAGGAUGGCGCCACCCUGGCCCGUGCCCAGCAGCUCAUCCAGACCUAUGAACUCAAUGAGACAGCCAAGCAGCAUGAGCUGAUGACACUGGAUGGCUUUAUGAUGUACCUGCUGUCACCCGAGGGGGCUGCCCUGGACAUGGCUCACACGUGUGUGUUCCAGGAUAUGGGCCAGCCUCUUGCCCACUAUUUCAUCUCCUCUUCUCACAAUACUUAUCUGACUGACUCUCAGAUUGGGGGGCCCAGCAGCACGGAGGCCUAUGUUAGGGCCUUUGCCCAGGGAUGCCGCUGUGUGGAACUGGACUGUUGGGAAGGCCCAGGAGGGGAGCCUGUCAUCUACCAUGGCCACACACUCACUUCCAAGAUCCUCUUCCGAGACGUGAUCCAAGCCGUGCGUGACCAUGCCUUCGUGUUGUCCCCAUACCCUGUCAUCCUGUCCCUUGAGAACCACUGCGGGCUGGAGCAGCAGGCUGCCAUGGCUCGCCACCUUCGAACCAUCCUGGGAGACAUGCUGGUGAUGCAGGCGCUAGACUCCCAGAAUCCUGAGGAGCUGCCGUCGCCAGAGAAGCUGAAAGGCCGGGUCCUGGUGAAGGGGAAGAAGCUACCAGCUGCACACAUGGAGGAUGGCAGAAUUUUAUCAGACAGGGAGGAGGAGGAAGAGGAGGAAGAGGAGGGGGAAGAAGCCGCAGAGGUUGCAGAGCAGAGACGGAAGGCCAAGCAGAUCUCCCCAGAGCUGUCAGCCCUGGCUGUGUACUGCUGGGCCACCCGCCUGCGGACCCUGAACCCUGGCCCUGGACCACCCCAGCCCUACCAGGUCAGCUCCCUCAGUGAGCGCAAGGCCAAGAAGUUCAUCAGGGAGGCAGGGAACAGCUUUGUCAGACACAAUGCUCGCCAGCUGACCCGUGUGUAUCCAUUGGGUCUGCGGAUGAACUCGGCCAACUACAACCCCCAGGAGAUGUGGAACUCAGGCUGUCAGCUGGUGGCCCUGAACUUCCAGACACCAGGUUAUGAGAUGGACCUCAAUGAAGGGCGCUUCCUCAUCAAUGGGCGGUGUGGCUAUGUCCUGAAACCUGCCUGUCUACGGCAACCUGACACAACCUUUGACCCCGAAUGCCCUGGACCUCCCAGAACUACUCUAACAGUCCAGGUACUAACUGCCCAGCAGCUGCCCAAGCUGAAUGCUGAGAAGCCCAGCUCCAUUGUGGACCCCCUGGUGCGUGUGGAGAUCCAUGGGGUGCUCGCAGACUGUGCUCGGAAGGAGACCAGCUAUGUGCUCAAUAAUGGUUUCAAUCCCCACUGGGGCCAGACCCUGCAGUUCCAGCUGCGGGCCCCAGAGCUGGUGCUGGUGCGGUUUGUGGUAGAAGAUUAUGAUACCACCUCCCCCAAUGACUUUGUGGGCCAGUUUACACUGCCUCUCAACAGCCUGAAGCAAGGGUACCGCCACAUCCACCUGCUUUCCAAGGAUGGGGCAUCACUGUCCCCUGCCACGCUUUUUGUCCACAUCCACAUCCAGCGCUCCUGAAGGACUAAAGGACCACUCCAGGGUUCUGCGGGUACCAGUCUGCACAGAGCCCUCUCUUCCCCCGGAGCGAGGACUAGUGGGAGCAACAGUCCCUCCAGCGCUCCCACCUGGCCGGCUCAGCAGCUGCUGACUUCACUGAGUCUGAUGGCUACCCGGCCCCUCCUGGGCCACUAGCAGGGGAUCUGUGCCCUUAAGACGCUCACUUGACAUCAGUGGGCUCCAACCCUGGGGUCUUGAGAUGGCUCCAGCUCCUCUGGUCCUCAGCCCACAUCCUCAUCAUGACUUAUAAGAAGGCAGGCCUGUAGCUGUCAGGAGACUUGGGAAGCAGGACACCUUUAAGCCCUCAGCUCUUCUGACCUCUGGCAGGGCCAUCUGCCCCACAGAGCUGUCCCCCUAUCCCCCACCCCAGGCAUUAGCCUACCCUAAAGCCCUCCGGCCCCCAGGCUUUCCUGGCUGCCUCCUCCUGCUCUCCAACCUGAGCUUCUCCUCCCUUGGCUUCACUUCCUGGAGCAAGAAGGGAGUGUUGAGGUGGAGCCCUGGGGACACCUGGCAGUAGGUUUGUAACUUGUCACAGAAGAGCCCUGGAGAGGGGCUGGGGCUGUAGCUCAGUGGAGAGCGCUCGCCUAGCAUGUGCAAGGCCCUGGGUUUAAU